AUGUCGAUGAUAAUCCAAACAUCGAGCCCACGGCUCUCCCCCUUCAUACUCUGGCCAGCAGUGGCCGCCUGCUUGACCGUCCUCUACUUCCUCCUCACGGCAAUCUACAACAUCACCCUCCACCCCCUCCGCAAAUACCCGGGCCCGCGCCUCUGGGCCGCCUCCCGCCUCCCCUACUCCCUCAUGCUCCUCCGCGGCGACCCCCACAAGACCAUCCUCGACCUGCACGCCCGCUACGGCGACACCGUCCGCGUCUCCCCCUCGGAGCUCUCCUUCCAGUCCCCGGACGCCUGGAAGGAGAUCAUGGGCCACCGCAAGGGCGCCAAGCUCGAGGAGAACGCCAAACACCCGGACUUCAUCGACGAGAACCACGCCGACCUCAUCUCCGCCAACCGCGAGGACCACGCCCGCUACCGCCGCAUCCUCUCCCACGGCUUCUCCGCCAAGAGCAUGCAGGACCAGCAGCCCAUCAUCAAGUCCUACAUCGACCUCCUCAUCGAGCGUCUGCAUGGUGUCUCCUCCAAGGGGCCCCUCGACCUCGUCGCCUGGUACAACUUCACGACCUUCGACAUCAUCGGCGACCUCGCCUUCGGCGAGUCCUUCGGCUGCCUGGAGAACUCGGACUACCACCCCUGGGUCAAGCUCAUCUUCGACGACAUCAAGCUCGGCUCCUACCUGUUCGUCCUGAAGAGCUAUAAGGCCGUCGAGCCGCUGCUCAAGAAGUUCCUCCCGCAGAAGCUCGUCGACAAGCGCAGGUCGCACUACGAGCUCAUCGAGGAGAAGCUCGACAGACGCAUCGCGCUGGGCACGCCGAGGCCCGACUUUGCGGAGUCCAUGCUGCGAAAGACGGGCGACGAAGCCCUCACAAGGACGGAACUCAUCAUGCACGCCCGCCUCCUCAUCAUCGCCGGCUCCGAGACCACGGCCACCGCCCUCUCCGGCGCCACCUACCUCCUCUGCUCGAACCCCUCGACCCUGGCCAGGCUCAACGACGAGGUCCGCGCCGCCUUCUCCUCCGACGACGACAUCGACAUCAUCACCUCCGCCAAGCUCGAGUACCUCCAGGCCGUCCUCGAGGAGGCCCUCCGCAUGUACCCGCCCGUGCCCAGCGCCCUGCCGCGCAUCUCGCCGCCCAAGGGCCAGGAGAUCCUGGGCGAAUGGGUCCCCGGAAACACGACCCUGAGCGUCUGGCACUGGGCCAUGUACCACAACGAGAGGAAUUUCACCAAGCCCUUCGAGUUCCACCCCGAGCGCUGGAUGGGCAACGAUCCCCGGUUCGCCAACGACCAGCUCGAGGCCCUGAAGCCCUUCCACAUCGGUCCCAGGAACUGUCUUGGCAUGAACCUCGCCUACGCCGAGAUGAGAAUGAUCCUCGCAAAGGUCAUCUGGAACUUCGACCUCCAGCUCGCCGAGGAGAGCAGGGACUGGCUCGACUGCGAGCGGCACCAGGUCUACACCCUCUGGGACAAGCCGCCUCUCAAGGUCCACCUGACCCCGAGGAAGACGAACUGA